AUGGGGAAUCAUCAAGGUCAGGAAGUUAAGAUUCGACUCAUUCAUAAGGGUGGUAAAAAUGCUCAUACAUAUAAUUUGCCAACAUCACUUAACGAAAUAGCAGCCUUGGUUGUGGGAGACAUUGGAUCAACUGAACUUGGAAGAGAUAUUAUUAUUCAAUAUAGAAGUGGUUUGCUUGAGCGAAUUUCUGAGACACACCAAUCAUAUUUGCCAAUGCAAUACCCUCUAUUAUUUCCAUAUGGAGAUGGAGGCUAUACUGAAGGUAUUCCACAUAAGAAGACGCAACGAAAGAUGAAAGGUGAGAGUGGAACUGUGUCACUUCGGGAAUAUUUUGCUUACAAUAUCCAAGAUCGAGCAUUGGAUGGAUCACUACUUUUAUAUGGCCGUAAAUUAUAUCAACAAUAUUUGGUCGAUGCAUAUACCAUGAUUGAGUCAUAUAGAUUGAGAUAUAUCAGGAUGAACCAAAAAAAACUACGAGCAGAGGUUUAUAAUGGUUUAGCAGAUGCAGUUUUUAGAGGUGAUACUCAGGCUUCAUUUGUAGGGAAACGAGUAAUCCUUCCAUCUUCUUUCACUGGUGGUGCCCGUUAUACAAUGCAAAACUACCAAGAUGCAAUGGCUAUUUGUAGAUGGGCUGGGUUUCCAGAUUUGUUCAUAACUUUUACAGCUAAUCCAAAAUGGCCUGAAAUGACUAGAUUUUUGGAAGCUCGUCAACUUCGUAUAGAAGAUCGUCCUGACAUUGUCACACGUAUAUUUAAAAUGAAGCUAGACUUGCUUAUCAAAGAUAUUAGAAAAGAGGAAAUUUUUGGAAGUGUCAAAGCAGUUCUAUAUACAAUUGAAUUUCAAAAGCGAGGUCUUCCCCAUGCUCAUAUUUUGGUUUUCCUUGCAAAUAAAGAUAAGUUAUCUACUGCUAAAGAUAUUGACAACAUCAUUUCAGCAGAAAUCCCUAAUAAAGAAGCACAACCUGAGUUACAUGAUGUAGUGGUGAAUUAUAUGUUACAUGGGCCAUGUGGAAUAGCUAAUCCUCAUUCUCCAUGUAUGGACAAAGGAAUAUGUACUAAGCAAUUCCCAAAAAACUUUAACUCUACAACAGUGAUCCAUGAAGAUGGAUAUCCAAGGUAUAAAAGGGAAGAUAAUGGUGUACAUGUCAUGAAGAAUGGGAUCCCAUUGGAUAACAGAUAUGUUAUCCCCUAUAACGCAACUCUUUUACUAAAAUAUGGAGCUCACAUUAAUGUUGAAAGAUGUAAUCAAGGAGACUCCAUUAAGUAUCUUUUUAAAUAUGUUAAUAAAGGUUAUGAUCGAGUUACUGCUGCAUUCUAUACUCAAGCAGAUGAUGUAAGUGAGGGUUUGGUUCGUGAUGAGAUCAAAAUGUUUUUUGAUUGUCGAUAUGUUUCGUCAUGUGAAUCAGUUUGGAGGAUCUUAGGGUUCGAUAUUAAUUAUAGAAAUCCCUCUGUUGAAAGACUAUCAUUUCACUUGCCUAAUCAUCAAAUGGUGGUAUUUGAGGAGAAUGAAGAUCUUCAACAUGUUAUGUCUAGAAAUAAUGGGAAACCGACUAUGUUUGAAGCUUGGUUCAUUGCUAAUGCUAAAUAUGAAAAUGCCAAAGGAUUGUUAGAUGAUGAUAAAGAGUAUACUGAUGGGAUACUUGAAGCAGCUCAAUGGGCCUCAGCCAACUAUCUGAGACGGUUGUUUUCGACCUUAUUAGCCUGUAACUGUUUAUCACGUCCAGAGUUUAUAUGGAGACAAAUUUGGAAACCAUUGUCUGAUGACAUAUUGUAUCAACAGAGACAAAUAACAGGACACCAAGGUUUUCAGUUAUCUGAUGAGGAGUUGCAAAAUUUAACCUUGCUUGAGAUUGAGAAGCUCUUGAAUGUAAAUGCAAGGACAUUAUCUGAGUUUGGUUCUAUGCCUUUGCCACAGUCAUCUGUUAUGGAAUUAAGGAGCAACAAACUUAUACGUAUGGAGUUGAGCUAUGACAAAAAAUUAUUAUCAUCAGAAUUAAUUUGUUUGUUGAACAAUUUGACUCCUGAACAGAAGAAAAUAUAUGACCAAGUGUUAUCUACAGUCAAAAGUAAUAAUGGUGGCAUGUACUUUGUUUAUGGCCAUGGUGGAACUGGAAAAACAUAUUUAUGGAAUACAUUGAGCACCUCCUUACGUUCUGAGGGAAAGAUUGUUUUGAACGUAGCUUCAAGUGGUAUUGCCUCAUUAUUAUUGCCAGGAGGUAAAACUGCUCAUUCUCAAUUUCGCAUUCCAAUUGCAGUUAAUGAAGAUUCAAUUUGUAAUAUAAAACAUGGUAGUCAUCUUAGUGAACUGCUUAUCAACACUUCCCUAAUAAUAUGGGAUGAAGCACCCAUGGCCAAUAAAUUUUGUUUUGAGGCUCUUGAUAAGUCUCUGAGAGAUAUCAUGAAAGUUCAACAAGUAGAUGCUGCGUUAAGGCCCUUUGGUGGCAAAGUUAUUUUGCUUGGUGGUGACUUUCGACAAAUUCUUCCAGUUGUGCGAAAAGGUAGUAGAGAGGAUAUUGUAUUUGCUGCAAUCACUUCUUCAUAUUUAUGGAAAGAUUGUAAGGUUUUUACAUUGACUAAAAAUAUGAGACUAUUGACUAAUGCAACAUCUAAAGAUGCAAUGAGAGUUCAAGAAUUUGCAAACUGGAUUAUCUCAAUUGGUGAUGGAAAAGAGCAUGCUAUCUUAGCUCCAACAUUAGCAAUUGUUGAUGAAGUCAAUGAAUAUGUUUUAUCCAUGCUCCCUGGUGAUGAAGUUUGCUACUUAAGCACAGACACAGUUUCUAAACAAGAUGAAAUAGGAGGUGCUUUACAAGAUAUUCACUUGCCAGAAUUCUUGAAUUCAUUAACAAUGUCAGGACUACCUAACCAUGAAAUCAAGCUUAAAGUAGGGGCUCCUAUUAUGCUUAUGCGAAAUAUCGACAAAUCUAUUGGUCUUUGUAACGGCACUCGAUUAAUUGUCAGUAAACUUGUCAGACAUGUCAUUGAAGCUGAGAUCAUGACAGGAAUCUCAAAAGGUCAAAAAGUUUUAAUUCCUCGAAUGACUAUUACUCCAUCAGAUACAAGUUUACCUUUCACAAUAUGCAGACGCCAAUUCCCUAUUAUGUUGUCCUUUGCAAUGACGAUUAAUAAAAGCCAAGGACAGAGUCUCACAAAUGUUGGAUUGUACCUCCCACGACCUGUAUUUACACAUGGUCAGUUGUACGUUGCUAUAUCUCGAGUCCGUAGCAGAUGUGGCUUGAAGAUUUUAAUUCUAGAUGAAGAGGGUAAACCAACAAACAAAACCAACAAUGUUGUUUAUAAAGAAAUCUUUAAUGGUUUGACAUAG